GGUUUCAUUCAGUCGUCGGUAGGUUCCGUCGCAGACCAGUCGCUCUAGUCGGUGCGGGUAUCGGUAAACCAGUCGGAUUAUGGAACCAAAGGUAAUCAGUCAGCGAAUAUAAUUCAUUCGCAAAAUCGCCGUGGACGCGAAACGUAAAAACAACUUCAUCGAGUGUUUGUGCUCCAAAGUGAAUGUAAACAAUCGUAAGAGUGGUUGAUGACAGUGCGUUGCUACGACGGUGCCCCUUGGCCUAGUACCAGCUGUUUGAAUCGAAGGUGUCCGAAAAUGUAACCUAGGCAUUGAUAAUAUAUCGAUAAUUUCGUUUGUUUUUUUUUUCGAUUGAUAAAUAGAAUAGUGAUAGAGUGGAACAAAGAUUGAAAUUAAAACACUGUGUGAAAAGUGAAAUACGAGUACAAGUUUGGUCGCAGAAAUGCUGACAUCACCGUUGACAUCUUCAUACGAUGUGCAAUGUUUGGUGUAUUCAAGUAAUUCAAUCUUGCGAUACUAUGCGAUUAAGAAUGCACAUCAACCACGUGGAAAUAAUAAUGGACAGUGAUGUGAAGAAAUCCGUCUGUCUGCAAUCUAGCGAAUUUUGAUUAAAACUUUUGUUUGUGGUAUGUUAUCAGUAGUUCAUAACUUUUUCUGUUGGACGGACACCGGUUUGGGAAGUUAUAUGUGGAAAGAACUAGGUGCCGUUCGCUUUCCACCAAAAAUAUCACUGUACCUGGAGUGGGGUUUCGAUUCCGCCAAGGCCGCUACCGUGGUGGAGUCCCGUAAUCGCUUGGCCAGCAUCCAACCGCAAGCAAGUGUCCAGGAGAAAUCACCAUAAUGUGGCCACCAUUUGAUAACAGCCACCGUUUCGCGCAGCACUUUCAACCACAUCGCGACACCAGCUACUACUGCCAGAACCGAGACCGCCGCAGAAGUGGGCUCUUGCUAGACCUCAACGGUGUUCGCUGUUCACUACCCGGAAGGAUUGCGACGUUGCAGAAGCACGACCGCCGGCUAUUGGCGAUGCGGAAUGUUAGUGGACCAGUUUCGUGAAUAUUUUUUAUGGCACCUAAGGCAGGCACAAGUUUUACAGUGCAAAAUUUGCGAACUUUUGAAUGUGAUACGUUUAUUCAAAAAAAAAUCCUGUAGAGAGUGCUAUCCCAUCAUUAGUGCAAUGGUAGUGUUAUGAAAAAGUAUGGUGAAUGUGUUACUACAUCAGUUUAGGUGGAUUGAAAACCAAAUCAUGCUCAAAUCAAAACGUGCUUUCAUACUAUCAGUGAUAUCAUUGCUAAGCUCAUUUAUCUGUUCAGUUCAAAGUGAAUAUCGUACCUCAACUAACGCAAGCAAUACCGAAUAUAGUUACCACAAGUACAAUAAUUCCUCAAUCUAUGGCAGCAAUAUUAGACCAACCAGCAGUGGCGGCGACUUCACCAUUGCCGGUAGCAGCAAUGACAUCCAGCACAGGACAAUGAAAGACCAUCGGUGGCUUCGGUCACCUUCGACUUCUCUAAAUGAAAAAACUGUCUAUCGAUACGCACCAAUAGGUGACAACGAGUACAACGGAACGGUCCCUCGUAUGAGUAGCAACAGCAGCAGCACUAGCACUCACGAACCGCCCCGAGAAACCGCCCCAUUGAGAACCACUUUGUCCGAUCGGCACGAAUCUCACAUUAAGUUUGCUAUUCUUCUACCGGAAAAACCUCGUGGACGCAGGGACAUACGCAUCCUGUCCACUAUUCGGCCUAUCAUCGAAAUGGCCACUAAAGUCGUAACCGGACCCGGCGGAGUGUUGCGAAAUGUGAAAAUUGAAAUCGAUUAUCGCGAUACGCAGUGCUCCUCCACGUACGGUGCACUGGGGGCAUUCGAUAUAUUUUUGAAUCGUAAACCAGACGUCUUCUUCGGGCCAAUUUGUGAUUACGUGAUUGCUCCGAUCGCUCGUUACAAUUCGGUAUGGGGAAUCCCGAUACUAACCACCGGUGGUCUGACGGAUGCAUUUUCCAUCAAGUCACCCAAUUACCUCACCCUAACCCGGAUGAUGGGCAGCUACCGGGACACCGGACUGGCGUUGCGGGGAAUUAGCAAACAUUUUAACUGGACCGUUCAGGCGUUUAUCUAUCAUGACAACGACGAGAAAAGCGGAAAGGGCCAUUCGGACUGCUCGAUGGCAAUUUCGACCAUCUAUCGGGCGCUGAACACUACGGACUACUUCUCGCACAAUUUUGACGAGACUGAAACGAAUUACGAGGAGUAUCUGCGGAUUUUGAUGCGCACCAAGAAAAAAGCUCGGAUUGUGAUCAUGUGCGCCAGUCCCGCAACCAUUCGGGAAAUUAUGCUUGCAGCAGCUGAGUUGAAUAUGGUCGACAGUGGAGAAUACGUCUUCUUCAAUAUUGAAAUAUUCAGCAGCAUGGCCGCUACGAAGAAACCGCCCUGGUUUAUGAAAAAUGACACCGAGGAGCGCAACAUGAAGGCGAAGAAUGCUUACACAGCUCUGCUACAGGUGGUAGCACGGCAACCGGAGAACGAGGAAUACCGGCUCUUUUCCGAAGAGGUUAAAGAACUGACCAAGACCCGUUUCAACUACACGUACGGCGACGAUGAACCAGUGUCCACAUUUGUCACAGCAUUUUACGAUGCAGUGCUACUUUAUGCCUACGCUCUUAACGACAGUAUUACACAGCUGGGCGAAUAUCAGGCACUGAAGCAGCCCAUCAACGGUACCAACCUGGUUCAUCUGAUGUGGGGUAAAUCCUUCAAGGGUAUCACCGGCAACGUUUCCAUCGAUUCGAAUGGAGAUAGAGUUUCCGAUUAUUCGCUACUGGAUCUGAAUCCCGAUACGGGUAUGUUUGAGAUAGUAGCAAACUACUUCCACGACGGAGGACUACAAUUUGUGCCGGGAAAGGAAAUUCACUGGUCAGGUGGUAGAACGAAAGCUCCACCGGAUCGACCGACCUGCGGUUUCGAUGGGUCGCUAUGUCCUGAUAAUUCCCUUCCAGGUUAUGCUAUCCUAUCUCUGAUUCUCGGUCUAUGCGUUAUAUGCAUGGGCAUUGCAUCAAUCCUCGGGUAUCGCCAUUAUAAACUCGAAGCAGAAAUAAAUUCCAUGACAUGGAAAGUACAUGCACACGAGGUGCUCUCCUGUGAUCCUAGCCGAGGCCAUCGGGGGAGUGUGCACCUGAUGCCCAGGCGAGGCAGUCAAGCCACUAUUUAUUCCGAGGAUUUCAAUUCUUUGCCUGGCGACCGGCAGAUUUAUAUCAACUUCGGGUUUUAUAAGGGUUGCAAAGUGGCAAUCAAAAAGAUCAACGUUCAUAAUUUGAACCUCAAUCGCACCUUGAUGCUGGAAUUCAAACGAAUGAAGGAUCUACAGCACGAUCAUCUCGUUCGGUUCUACGGUGCUUGUCUGGAGCCCAACCCGGAGCCUUUCAUACUGACCGAAUACUGCCCGAAAGGAUCCUUACAAGACAUACUAGAAAACGAAACGAUUAAACUGGACUGGAUGUUCAAGCUUUCGUUGAUGCAUGACAUUGUCAAAGGUAUGGCGUUCCUUCAUUCUACCGAACUUCACUCACAUGGAUCAUUGAAGUCGUCGAACUGUGUGGUAGACUCCAGAUUUGUGCUGAAAAUUACCGACUUUGGAUUGCAUCAAUUGCGAAGACCAACGGAAGAGUUGGAUCAGGAGAGUUAUGCUUAUUGGAAAAAGCAACUGUGGACUGCCCCAGAGCUUCUGCGCGAUUUGAAUCCUGAUCCAUCAGGUACACCCAAAGGAGAUGUCUAUUCUUUCGGCAUCAUAGUUCAGGAGAUUGUUUCUCGCCAAGGGCCUUUCUUCAUAGGGGAUGAUGAAAAAUCCCCAAAAGAAAUUAUCAAACUAGUCAAAAACGGCCCUGAGGUAUUCAGCGCACCAUUCCGACCGAAGGUGGACGAGACUUCGUUCGAGGACGUGAACAACCUGAUGGUGAAAUGCUGGGCCGAGGAUCCGGCCGAUCGUCCAGAUUUCAAUGGCUUGAAAACAAUCAUUAGGAAAAUCAACAAAGAAAAUGAAUCUGGUAAUAUAUUAGAUAAUUUAUUGCAACGCAUGGAACAGUAUGCAAAUAAUCUAGAGGCAUUAGUAGAAGAACGUACACAAGACUACUUCGAGGAGAAGCGCAAGUGCGAGGAGCUCCUCUACCAGCUGUUGCCAAAGUCCGUGGCGGCACAGCUGAUUAUGGGUAAAUCUGUGAUAGCCGAAACCUAUGAUCAAGUAACUAUUUAUUUUAGUGAUAUUGUUGGUUUUACGUCCAUAUCCGCUCAGAGCACACCGAUGCAGGUGGUGGACCUGCUCAACGAUCUCUACACCUGUUUCGACUCCAUUGUGGAAAACUUCGAUGUCUACAAGGUCGAAACCAUCGGUGACGCUUACAUGGUUGUUUCCGGUUUGCCGAUGCGCAACGGAAAUCUUCACGCAAGAGAAAUCUCCCGCAUGGCGCUUGCUUUGCUAGCUGCUGUGUACAAGUUCACUAUCCGCCAUCGGCCCAACGAACAACUGAAAUUAAGGAUAGGCUUACACACCGGCCCUUGCGUAGCUGGUGUGGUAGGGUUGAAAAUGCCGCGCUACUGUUUGUUCGGAGAUACGGUAAACACCGCCUCUCGGAUGGAGUCCAACGGGGCAGCAUUGAAAAUUCACAUUAGUCACAACACAAAACUUCAUCUGGACACAUUUGGCACCUUUGAUGUGACGGAACGUGGUCUGGUAUCGAUGAAGGGUAAAGGCGAAAUGUUGACAUACUGGCUGAACGGGGAGAAGACUGAAUCAUUGCAAGCAUCGCUUAGAACAAACCGACUGACGGACGGCAGUUCGCCGGAAAAUGGUCCGUUGGCACUUUUGAACGGUGCUCCACCCACUGGGAUUCUCAACAAUAACAAUAACAGUAACAUGUACAGCCUGAACAGCAGCAGUGGUGCAGUACCCAACAAAAAGCUCAACAACGUGUCAUACAAUUUCAUUAAGUCUAACAGCACAAAGAAUUUGUUAAACACCAAAGGAAGACUGAGCCUUGGUGGCGAGGACACGAUUCGGAGUGUGACCCAACCUUUGCUCACACAAAUCAACUAACUUUCGCCUCAUCGGAUGGAAUGACACAUGUUCACCAUGUGUGUAAUAGAAUUUACGCGGAAAUACGUACCUAAUAAUUAGAAUAGUACAUACUGGGGCAUUGCAAAAAUAAAAAUUGAACCGAAAAAGGCUAUAAAUGCUGAACAUUAUCCAAGCGAUAACGACAAAGAAUGUGUUGAAUGUGUAAAUAUAUAUAUUGAAUAUUGAAUGUGAAUGUAUAUAUACAAUGCAGUUUAUGUACUUAUGAUUUUUGUGAUCCAUUUCUUAGUCCUACACGUAUAUGUUGAAAAUAACUUCAAAACAGUAAGUUGUUUUUUAUUCAUUCGUCAAUCAGGUAUCGAAAGAUGAUUCUUAUCAUUGAAAUCACCAAUAAAUACAGGAAAUUUGAAAAAAGCUGUUAAAUGAGAUUGAGUAUUGUACUACACGAAAGCUGUUCUCUAUAUGUAAAACCCAUGUCCAAACGUCCAAAAAUUGGAACACAAACAAACUAAAAUAAAGUAUUUACAAAAAUGAGA